AUGAAAACUACAGAUAAAUCUUAUGAUUCGACACCUGCAGGAUUCGAACCUGCGCCCCCGAAGGGAUUUGAUUUCGAGUCAAACGCCAAAGUAACAAAUAUAUUGGAGUAUAGAUCUUUGAAAAUGAUUAUUUAUACUGAAUCUGCAUUUGGAUGGUGGUCGGUCAUUCAACUCUACCAACAAACUAUCAAACACAGUAUGAUACAGAUCAAAUGUUUAGAUGAUACAAAUCGAUAUUCAAUAGUAUUAUCUCAUAUACAAGUGGAAUGUGUUGAUUCAUUCAAACCAAAUAAGUUUAUAAAUUUUGAUUUUACAUUUGAUUCAAAUACUAAAUAUUUCCGUACAUGUGCACUUGAGGAAAUCUUCGAUGUCUUUCGUAAGGUUUCAUUGGUGUCACAUAGUAGUAGUAUCGGUUUAAAAACAGUCUUAACAAUGGAUAUGAUCAUGUGUAACGUGUCUGGAGGAACUUUAGUUGGAUCAAUGUCAAGACUAGGUUCUGCAGCCAAACCAGAGAAGCUCUUCAUUUCGACCUUUGGGUUUUUGGCUUUUGACUUUUCUAGCUUAUUCUUGACUCUCAUUCCUUCCUUCCAGAUAAGUUCUCUCGUACGUGGCUCAAAGAAAAACAUUAGACCAUCGUUGGGAGAUUUGAGAACAGGAACAGGCUUAUUUAUGGAUAUUGAUUGCAGCACACCAUUAGUCUAUACUGUAAUUAGUGUAGAGCAUUUUGGAUCAAAUUGGUUGAUCUUUGUUAAAGAUUAA